UGGGUCAGUGGAGCCAACACAGGAUGACAUCGCCCAUUUGGAUCCUGAGUCUAGUUCUGCUGCACUGCAGCAUUUCCUGGUCACAGGAUGCCCCUGAUGUGAUGGUGGUCGUGGAUCAAGUGCAGGAGCUUCUUGUCGCCAAUUCGCAAGGCCCACAAAGUUUGGAUAAUGGCGAUGGGUCCUUCAAUGGACCGCCCAUUUUCCCCGAUCCAUCAACGUUCAUGCAGAACAUGGGAGUGUAAUUCUAUAAUUCCAUACUACUUUACAGCAACGCAAUGUGGCAAGACAUUUAAUUGAAUUAAACUGUG